AUGUCUCAAGCAUCGAAGUAUUGGGAAAAAUACCAACAAAAGCAAGCUCAAAUGAAGGCAAACUUAAUGACUUACUUACUCCCCCCCCUCCGUGAGUGAACAAACAAAAUUUUGUUCACUCACGGAGGGGGUUAAUUUUGUUUUUUUAAAACAUUUAUAUAUAAAUUUUAUAAAAAAUUGUUUUUUUCGAAAUUUAAAAAAAAUCCUAAUUCACAAAAGUUGGAAAGCAAAUAUUUAAUUUAAAUUAUAAAAUUUAUGUUUUAAAAAGCAAUUCGUUUAAAAUUAAAUAGAAUUAGCUCUAGAUUUCAUUAUACUAAUUAUCAUUUAUAUAUCAAAAUUUUUUUCCAUAAAAAAUGUUUUUCUAUUAAAAAAAAUUUUUGUUCACUCACGGAGGGUGGGUUUUUGGCCAAAAAAUGGCGAUUUUUCUAAUGGUUUUGUUCACUCACGGAGGGGGGGGGAGUUAGGUGAUUAAAGUGAUAAUUUCUUCCGCAGGUGCAAUAUCAGAACCUCCCUUUUAACUCCCAAGUGGUGACGUCAGCAGCCAUCCUGUCUAGCAGGCAUUCCAGAAGACAUCGCCAAAAGGGCCAGAAAUCCUUCACUGGCAGCGUUGCCUCGCCUGAACCUGACUCCAGCGCGUGUUUCGCCUAAGGGUCACCCUCCUCGGGUGUGCCAAGCUGUAAAACUCCUAUGCCUUCUACCUAAAAUCCUUGGGUCGCUGUUUUAUCCUAUGCGAUAAGCCAUACUCGACAUUGUGGAUAAAGGUUUACCGUAUAAACCUAGCCCCAUAAUAAUAAAUAUGGCGGAGGAGGAAUGGUUUACGAAGUAAAUUAAAUUCCGUACGUAGCCAUUUUAUUAUUAUUCAAACUUAAUGACAGAUAAACAAGCUUAUAUCGCGUCUUUAGAAGCUCAGCUAGAAAAAGUUACUCAGGCUCUCCUUAUAAAUCAAGGAUUCGUUGAAAGAGUUGAACAACUACAAGCCCAAAUAAACACCUCAGAAGACAGAAUUAUAAACCUUACAAGGCUUGUAAAGCUCCAGCAAAGCUAUAACGAAGAACAAGAGAAAACUAAAACCGCGGGCAGUGACAUAAUCAAAAUUGACACAAAAAUAAGCCAACGCCUCGAUAUACUUGAAGAAAAAGUUAGGAAGCUGUUUGAAAAAGCCAGCCAAGAUAUAGAAGAAAAACAAAUGCGCUUAAAGCAAGGCACAGACACAGAAAAUUACGAUAAAGAAAUGAGUUUUGGACGACUUAGUGAGGGAUUUGGAAGUUUAGUCGAUAAAAUGAUAGAAAUUGAAAAAAGGAAUAAAGAUGCAGUAGAAUCAGCUUGGAAUGCCCAGCAGACUUGCAAUAAGCUAUCUGAAGAUAUGCUAGAAAGAAUGGCAGCUUGUGAAAACAAAGUAAAUGAAUUAAAAAUGAUCAAAGAUUCAGGAAAUAUCGAGCACAUAGCAAAAAUGAGCAGGAUAGAAAUAGAAAAUUUAAUUGAGGAAAAAGUUUCUGCAGCUGUUGAUAAAAUUGUAGCAAUUAUUAAAACUUAUGGGAAAACUCAAGAUGAAUUUGAAACAAAAAUAAAAAAAUUGAAUGAAAAAAUCAAAGGAAUUGUUGAUGAAGUCAAAGAAAAACCAAAACAAAUUUUGAAUAAAAGUCUUGAUGAGCUGGAAAGAACUGUAAGCUAUGAAAAAAAAGUCCCAAAGCUUUCAGUUAAAAAAUCAAAAUCAGUUUCUCCAUCAAGAUCAUCAUCAGAUUCAAGACGUCCUCCUACUCCAAAAGGUGCAAAAAAUCCAACAUCUCCUUUAAAAUCGCCUAAAAAUUCUCACAAAUCUUCCAUAAGCCCUCCACGAAGUCUACAAGGAAAGCCAAAAACGCCCCCAAAGUCCCCAAAAAAUAAAACCUACCCUAGAUCUCCCAAAAUCCAUGAAGAUAGCAAAGAAAUUGAAGAAGAGAAAAAAGUGACAAUGAAAAAGCCAGAAACGAAAACAAAAAGAAGAAAGCAUGCAGAAAAGAGAUCAAAACUUGAACAAUUAUACCAGCAGCUCUCAGCUCGUAAUAGCUAA